AUGCCAUGUGCUCAAUUCCAAGGGCAGGAAAGCUGGGUGGAGGAUCCUGGCUCCAUGCAAAUGGGCAGUGAGCGGUUUGCCCCCUGAGCCACACUGCACACAGCCUGCAUAACUGCCAUUGAUGGUGAACUGAGCCUUCAUGGAGCCUCCUCUGCCAUCCCCGACUGGGGGAGCAUGCUCAGCCACCCAAGCGGUCAUGGUGCUCUGGACCCUGCCUCUCCCCCUACUUGACCACACUGGGAUUUUGGACAAUUCCAGACCAACUAAAGUCCUUGUCCAAGGUCCUCCAGACCAUGAGCUGCUAGGCUGGGGCUCAAAUCCUGCCCAGGCCUGGCUGCUGCCUGCGGGGCCUCUUCAGAGGCAAGGCCCGGAGCAGGAAGCCUGACUGUCCCUUGCCUCUUAGCUGUGAGUCAAGAGCCACCUUGUUCGGCCCCACCUUUGCCCUUUACCCUGGCCCCGAGCUCCAUGCUGCACCUGUUGCCAUCCCAGGCCCUGAUGCCAGCUCUGCUCUGGCACAUCUUGCUCAGUGGGGCACAUGCCCAGGAAAAGGAUUAUCACCUCAAGGCCUCUAGAUAACAGCCUGGUGCCUGGGCCACGGAAGGAGCUACUGGUACACAGGGGUAUAAAGGGGAACUCUCCACGCUUGCAACCUCCACCUCUUGACUGCAGCGCCAUGACCUUCCUCUGGCUCCUCUCCUGCUGCGCCCUCCUGGGCACGGCCUUUGGCUGCGGGGUCCCCGCCAUCCCGCCGGUGCUGAGCGGCCUGUCUAGGAUCGUCAAUGGGGAGGACGCUGUCCCCGGCUCCUGGCCCUGGCAGGUGUCCCUGCAGGACAGCACCGGCUUCCACUUCUGCGGGGGGUCCCUCAUCAGUGAGGACUGGGUCGUCACCGCCGCCCACUGCGGGGUCACAACCUCCGAUGUGGUUGUGGCUGGCGAGUUUGACCAGGGCUCAGACGCCGAGAGCAUCCAGGUGAUAAACAUUGCGAAGGUUUUCAAGAACCCCAGGUACAGCUGGUUCAUAAACAGCAACGACAUCACCCUACUGAAGCUGGCCACGCCCGCGCGCUUCUCCGAGACCGUGUCCGCCGUGUGCCUGCCCAGCGCCUCCGACGACUUCCCGGCCGGGACACUGUGCGUCACCACCGGCUGGGGCCUGACCAAGUACACCGACGCCAACACCCCCGACAGGCUGCAGCAGGCGGCCCUGCCCCUGCUGUCCAACGCUGCCUGCAGGAGGUACUGGGGCUUCAGGAUCACCAAAAGCAUGAUCUGCGCCGGCGCCAGCGGCGUCUCCUCCUGCAUGGGCGACUCUGGCGGCCCCCUGGUCUGCCAGAAGGAUGGAGUCUGGACCCUGGUGGGCAUCGUGUCCUGGGGCAGCAGCACCUGCUCCACCUCCAGCCCCGGCGUGUACGCCCGUGUCACUCAGCUCGUCUCCUGGGUGCAUCAGAUCGUGGCUGCCAACUGAGCCCCUGGCCUCACCCCGGCCUCCCU